AUGAAUACCGAAAUCCACUGGAAAGACCAGCAACCGAGCGACGCGAGCAUCCCGAGCACAGCGCCCAAAGGUAGUGUUGGUUCCUAUGAUACACAUAGCACCGCCCCAACCGAGGACUCUCGCCCAAUCCAUAUUCCCCGGUCCGAGACUUGUUACGGUCGGCUGGAAGGGCGAGGAGUUGCGAAACAUCAAAGUCACAGAACCGAUCCACGAUUCGACAGCCGUUCGUCUGUGGUAACUUACACGUCCACCAUCGCAUCGGAGGAAGAGCCCAAAGAAGAGGAUUCAGUCGAAAGUGAAUACGACAUAAGAGUCGAGCCGCGUCCGAUCCAUCCGACCUCUGCCAUUGCCGCGACCCCUCGAGACUUUGCAGAUGUAUUUCCCGCCUCCAAACGGCUCCUGAUUGGCCAUGAUGAUUCCACGAGCGAUGGGAAUCUGAACCUCCGGCUCGACUCCGAAGUCACGGUGAGGGGCUCUAAACGGCUGCUGACCCUCUUUCACCUCCGAAUGUACGAUCUUCGGGAUCGAGAGAUGUCGUUCCGACGGUAUUGUCGCGAUAGCGGGCGUGAGGUGUGCCGAUCGCGCCGUUUACAUCAGAAUGUCGCCGACGGCAAAGGGCGGUCCCCUCUGCAAAAAAAACUCGGAGGCGCCCUCGCCAACUUCUGGCCCAAGCCUGGAUCCAAAGACGGCGUUUUCGCCGCCAAGCGCCAUGACUCGGGUUAUGCAUCGUCUCCAGUCCUCGAUCUCGAGACGUCGAGUCUCUCUUCGUCGGGCUCAAGCACUAAGGCACUGCCGGAAACUAACACCAUCAAGAUGGAAUUCUCCAAUUAUGCUCUUGUGGAUCUCAAAAGAAGGGGAGCCAGUGCAGGACAAGGAAAGCGCUACGAGUUCGAAUACUGGGGCUACCUUUACGAGUGGAAACGCCAUGUCGCCCGUGAUAACGAUAGAGAUGAAGAAGAGGUAUCAUUCCACCUUUUCCGUUCGGAUGGCGACGAUGAACUUGCGCGCAUCACUCCUUUGCAUUUGAGCGAGGCGCAAAUCCGCCACGAACAACGGAAUGGGGGAUGGAUUUCCCCCUGUAUCAUGGAACUUUUGGAUCAGGAUUUGCAAAGCUCCCAGGACGUUGUCGUCGUUGCAACCGGGUUGAUUGCCCUCGUUGACGAUUCUUUGAAAAGAAGAAGCGGGGCGAAGCGGUCGCGCCCACUCAUCCUCCCCCUAUACAGGAGCGCGUCAUUCCGGUUGAAUAUGGAGUUCGUGGGACCCAAGCGGCUCCUGAACGAGGCUCUCCACCGUCCUGGUCACAGUCGGACUGCGUCUGGCAAUCCUACUUCGCUGCGUCGUGUGUCCGUCGAAGCCCGAGGCGACCGGACUCCGAAUUGAUGAACUUAAUCUCCCCGUUCAUUGCACUGGGCUCAGGACCCGUAACCUUCUUGUAGAUACCUGUAGGCUUGCUUGGUUUUGUGGUGGUACCGGCACUGGGAGAUCGAAACGAGACCCACCUCCCCAACGGACUGGGCCAGUUGCCACGGGGAAUGGGGCAGUUUUGAUGUUUGCUCAAUGGAGUAGAUGUAACCAGGGCAUUGCAUGUUUGGUGUUUGGGAGUUCGUGGCUUUUCGAUAUUGAUGAUGGGGUCCUCCAUACGCACUCGGUGAUUUUGAUGGAUUGAGGUCCUUGAGGUUUUCGAGGGACGCAUAUCAGGAUCUUGAAUGAAAUGCCUGCGCCUAUCCUUUGUCCAGGGCCGGUGAUUAUUCAAUGAGGACAUGAAUCAUAACAUGAAUCAUGGCAACCCAAGGGGUUUCUGUAGGGAGUAUGGAAUAUAAUACCCAACGAUCUACGCUGCUUGUGCAGUGGAAUGCGACGAGGAACGAUGA